UAAAAGCGUCGCUGCUCCUCUUCCUCUCCCACAGGCGGCUCGCUCUCUCUCUCGCGUGUUUCGUAAUCGGCCGCGGUGGUGUCUCUUCUCCUCUCCUCUUCCUCUCUCUCAGCCUCUCUCAGGAUGGCAGCCGUCAGGACUCUCAGGAAACUGUGCCAACACUCCCAGCACACCGUCUGUAAGCUGCACACGUCCGCCUCAAGACAGGAGGCCGUUGUCAUCUCAGGAAAGAAACUAGCACGGCAGAUUCGGGAGGAGGCGCGUGCCGACGUGGAGAACUGGGUCAUAGCCGGCCACAGGAGGCCCCACCUGAGCGUUGUUCUGGUGGGAGACAACCCGGCCAGUCACUCCUACGUCCUGAACAAGACACGAGCUGCAGAUGAUGUCGGGAUCUCCAGUGAGACGAUUCUCAAACACUCAGACAUCAGUGAGGAGGAGUUAUUGGACCUGAUCUACAAGCUCAACACAGACCAUCGUGUGGACGGCCUGCUGGUCCAGCUGCCUCUGCCAGAUCACAUCGAUGAGCGCGCCAUCUGCAACGCCGUUUCCCCCACCAAGGACGUGGACGGCUUUCACGUCGUCAACGUGGGUCGCAUGUGUUUGGACCAGUCCACCAUGCUUCCUGCCACUCCCUGGGGAGUCUGGGAAAUGAUCAGACGGACAGGUAUUCCUACUCUUGGGAAGAAUGUUGUGGUCGCGGGACGCUCCAAGAACGUGGGCAUGCCCAUCGCCAUGUUGCUGCACACAGACGGCCGCCAUGAGAGGCCUGGAGGUGAUGCCACAGUCACCAUAUCACAUCGUUACACUCCAAAGGAGCAGCUUCGCCAUCACACUCAGAUCGCUGACAUCAUCGUGGCGGCUGCAGGUAUUCCAAACCUCAUCACGGCCGACAUGAUCAAAGAGGGAGCGGCGGUGAUCGACGUGGGGAUAAACAGAGUGCAGGAUCCAGUCACCGGGAAAAGCCGGCUAGUUGGAGACGUGGACUUUGAAGGCGUGAGGAAGAAGGCGGGCUUCAUCACCCCCGUGCCCGGCGGCGUGGGACCCAUGACCGUGGCCAUGCUCAUGAAGAACACUAUCAAAGCAGCGAAGAACGUGCUGCUGUUUCCCCCGGAGAGGAUCCGCAUGGCAGCCGCAUCUUAAUGGGAAACAAACCAAUCAAAGCAACAGUGACACAUUCCACCCUCUUCUCAAUGACACCCCCCGCCCCCCUCGCCCCUCACCCCCCCCUCGCCCCUCCCCCAUCGUUUUUGCUGGGAGAAGUCCGACGAGCUCCCAUUGCACAGGAACUGGAAAGACGAUCCUGUCCUCUCCAAACUCCAGGUCCUGCCAUGUUUAGACUGUUACCCCCGCUCCUCGGCCGAGCGUCUCAUGUAACAGGGUUCUGAGUAUUUAUCGAAUGAAUUUUCCGUUAACGAAUCUUGAAAGAUUGUUCUAUUUAUUGUUACACUGACAUCGUAUUUAAACCUGGAUGAAGGAAACAGGUCACAGUAUUUCACUCUGAGCUGGUUUACAGUUACUAAAGAGCCGAGUGAGGCCUGUCCGUUGUGUUUCUUUCACUUGGUUCGAUGUACCACGAGUGAUAAGGGCUGACAUCAUCAGGAGCAAGUCUGUUUAUCAAUAUAUAAGCUUUAAAGAUUCACAAAUGCCUUUGUAAAAACUUUGAAAUAAAUAUUACAAUAAUGUUCGCACA